AUGAAGUCCAUGCAGAUACUCGCGCCCGCCGCUGGGUUCUUCGCCGUCGCCAAUGCCUGGGGGACUGACAUCCACACUUCCUACACCACGAUCGUCACUACGGCCUACGAGACGUAUUGCCCUUCUCCUACAACGUUUGUCCACCAUAAUGUGACUUACACCGUAACGACCGCAACGACUCUCACGAUCACCAACUGCCCCUGCACCAUCACAACUCACCAACCACCCCCUUACACGACGACAAAGACCCUCCCCCCUCCCCCUCCUCACGCAAACACGACCACGACCUCCUGCCCGCCCGACCAAACGACCAUCGUAACCAGCACAAAGACCCCCAAGCCCCCUCAUCCAACCUACCACAACACUACCAUCCUCACGCACACCCCUAAGCCUCCUCACAGCCACUCGCCCAAGCCCCCUCACCACAACGGCACCACCUCCACGACCGUCAUCGUCGUUACCCCUCCCGCGGAGACGACCCUCGCCGGCGUAACCCCCGUCGCACCGCCCCAGCUCACCACCACGAAGCCAGACUCGCCGCCCACAAACACCCCCGUGGGCCCCACGACUACACGCCCCGUCACCGUUCCCGGCAGCGGAGCGGAGCAUCUCGGCGCCGGCCUCGGCGCGGUCGCCCUCGCGGGUCUCUUUGCUCUGCUCAUCUAA